AUGGCAGUGGCAUCGGCGGCCGAGCUGCUGCUGGAAGCUGGACCUGAUCUUGAGGCCGGCGUGACCCCACAGGGAAGCGAAGGCGAAACAGUUCCGGAGGAACAGCCGCAGCGCAUGCCAGUCUACCGCGACAUCGUCUGCUGUCUCCCCAGAUCGAAGAUGUACCACUGGUGGCAACAACACAACCUGCCCUCCACCCCGGGUUACGCUUGGAGCAUGCUGAGCCGCCGACGCCUGCGUGCUUUGACGACCUUGGCCAUCUUCGUCGCAUCACUGCUGGCCGAGGGGAUGUCGCAGGGCUUUGAUGAGAAGCUGGCAUUCAACAACGUAAUCUUCGGCUUGCUGUUGUGUUUCGCUGGCUGCGCCCCUGGGUUUAUGGAGUCUUCGAACCUCCCUAACGUCGCUCUGGGCGUUGCCGCGUCCGAGCACACCUGGCGAGCCGCUUGGCGCGUAAUCGGGACCGCGGACGAGGGCACGUCCGCUUGGGAGCGCCGUGAUGCUUUGUGCUCGGAGCACUUGGCGAUGUUCUGGGUCAUCGUCCUCGUGACCUUGUGCAGCGGGGACGUGUAUGCUCUGGGUGCCUAUGGCUCAGCUCUGGUCGUCCUACAGCAGACGACUGGUGUGCCAGGUGUCCCGUGCUUCCUGGUCGCCGCCUGCAUGUUGGUUCCGGUCUACCUGGCGGAGCGCGUCUGGUGCUCGGCGUACGCAGAGGUUUUUCGCAAUCAAGUGGCGAUUAGGAAGCUGCUGAACAGCACUGGAGGUGCCUGGCUCACUGUUGAUAUCGAAGCGGGGCACAUUCUCGAAAUGUCGCCUGCCUUGACAGCGUUUGUGGGUCCCAGCCAGAAGAAUUGCGGCAUCGCCGACCUGGUCCGUCUUCACAAAGACAAGGAGACCCUGGACCACCUCGUACUGGGCUGCUCCAUUGCAGCUUCUGCCGAAACCGCAGCACGCCGCAAGGGCGUCCGCUGGGCCGAGUACACCACGCUGCUGGAGGAGAAUGUCGAGGCGGCCUUGGCUCCACGCACUGUCGAUUCCCUCCGCUGCGCCCGGUGCCCCAAGGGUGUCAGAGCCCGACUUGUCCCUUACAACCUCUCUGCGAAAGAUCGCCGCCUCUGCAUCUGGGUCGAGACCGACAGCCCGGAGCCCACCGAUCCGCGAGUGGAGCUCGCUAUGCGGGAACAAGCUGUUGCUGAGACUGAGAGCAGCAGCAGCCUGAAGCUGCAAUCGGUGGAGACGCGAGAGAGGCGCGUGGAGGAUCUGGAGAGGGCUUUGGAGCAGAUGCACCAGCUCUACUUGAAGGCCCUGGCAGAGCAGGAGCACUUUGAGAAGGCGCUCGAGCGGCAACAAGCGUUGAAAGACGAAGAGAAGAUGACGGCAGAGGUGUGA